UUUUUUUAAGGAAACAUUAACUUUAACACACGUAUUAAUUGAAUGUCAUGAGGCUGCCAGGAGAGAAACUCCCAGAAAAUAAAAUUCAGCGUUUUACUGCUGGGCUAAACCUGUGCAGGCUGCAAAGCCUCAGUUACUCACUCAAGGCAGAAAGCCUCACUCCUUUUGCCAUUCACUUGGGAGAAUGAAUAAAUUUAGGCAAAUCAGGAGCAGGGCAAAUCUGGAGAAAUUACAAAGGGGAGGAGUUCACCUUCCUGCUAUGGCUUUCAGGUCUGUCCUGGGCUACUUACUCCAGUAUAAAACUGAGAGCAGAAAUAUGAUCACAUCCUGAGGAGUCUAAUCAAUUCUGGUUUCAACACUGAGCCUAUUUAAACUAGAGAAUGGAAUUGCUGCUCCUUGCUCUCUCCUGCCUGCACUUUCUCAAGACAGAGGCUGUAGGCCACUGGUGCUAUCGGUCCCAGAAGUGUGAGCAGCCACAGUGUGAAGAUCCUCCUCGAUGGCACCUGGUGAACAAGGAGUGCAAGGGGAACAAACAGUCCCCUGUCAACAUUGUCACCCAAAAUGUGGUUUUUGACAAGAGCCUCAAGCCCCUGACUUUUGAGGGGUACGACGUGAAGGGCUCAGCCAAGUGGCUCCUGGAAAAUAAUGGUCACACAGUUAAAGUGACACUAAACUCAUCCCCUAAAUUCGGAGGAGGAGGCCUGAGGAGGAAAUACAAGGCAGUAGAAUUCCAUUUGCACUGGGGAGUCCCAGGGGAGCCACAAACCAUCCCUGGCUCAGAGCACAGCAUAGAUGGGGAGAAACACCCCAUGGAGCUUCAUGUUGUGCACAUCAGAGAAGAUGUUGCAGAUGUGACAGAAGCCAAGAAAACUCCAGAGGGUUUGGCUGUGCUGGCCUUUUUUGUGAAGGCUGCUGAACAAAAUAAAAACUAUGCAACUCUUCUGAGUGAAUUAGAGAAUGUCAAAUUCAAAGGGAACACAGCACAGAUGGACCCUUUGCCACUGAUGUCUCUGCUCCCAGCUGAAGAAGACCUUGGGAAGUACUACAGGUAUGAGGGGUCCCUCACCACCCCUGACUGCCACGAGGGAGUCAUCUGGACCAUAUUUGAGAAGCCAGUGGAGCUCAGCCUGGCCCAGCUUUUCCAGUUUGCAGCACUGCACUUUGACUCCAGCAACUCCUCGGCCAUGACGGAGAAUUUCCGGCCGCCGCAGCCCCUGAACGGGCGCAGGGUGCUCUGGUCAGGGAGCAGCAUCCCCCUGCCCCUGGCACAGCUGCUGCUGCUGGCCCUGGCUCUGAGCUGCACCCUCAGCUCCCUGUGCCACUGAGCCCUUCCCACCCCAUCCACGCCCUGCUCCUUUAGUUCUUGUUAUUGUUUUUGCUGUUCUUUGUCUCAGCCUCUGAUGGAUUGUGUCCCAAUACAGAAUAGCCUUGUUCCCCUCCAGACAUGAACCAAGGGCUUCUGUGCUGCUCUGGUGGAACCCAAACCACCAGAACUUAGAGGAGCAGGGAGAUAAAGCAAUGAAAAUGCAAUUUUUAAAGCCAAUACACUUAGAGAAAUUGCAUUUUGUCCCAUUACAGAAUAGCCUUGUCCUCCUCCAGACAUGAACCAAGAGCUUCUGUGCUGCUCUGGUGGAACCCAAACCAUCACAUAAAGCAGUUUUUAAAAGCCAGUACACUUAGAGAAAUUGGAUUAUCCUGUAGUUUUAACCCAGCACUGGAAGGAGCUGCACAGAGACCCUUGGACAGAAAUCUGUUCUUAAGUGCCUGUGAAGGGGUUGGAGCAUGUUUACAUUCAACACUGCAAAUCUGGCAGGGAAAUGUGGAGUAAACCCUCCAGUCCCACACUGUCCUACCUGAAGGUACAACACAGCAAAGAUAAAAUGCUCACACACAACCCAGCAGCAUCUGGCUCAUCCCCUCAGGGAAGGGCACUCACCCAACACACAAACCCCUCCUUCCUCCAGAACAUCUCAGUUAAUUUCAGAUUCCUUCCCCCGUCUCCUGCUGGGGCUGUCAGCUCCCUCUGUUAUUUAUUCAUCCUUCUCUGGGAUGCCAUGGCCAAUGUGAUGUGCUGGGAAGCAACAAGGGAGGCUGAUCCCCACGGACCAGAGGCACAUCUGUGGAAAUUCCCUCUCUUUGAGGGCUGCUUUUCAAGCAGGACACUCUGAUGAUCCCUUGUAGUUGUAAUUUGCCUGAUAAAAUAGGACAGCUCAAGAAAUAGCUCUUUCUUAUAUAUAAAUAUAUAUAAAUAUAUAUAUAUAUAUUUCUUUUAUAUAUGUAAUUUUUUAUAGUAGCAUACCUGGAAUAUUCACAUAUGGUCAAGAUUCAUAGUUUUUUCCAAAAAAAUUGUGGUUUGAAGAAAUUUCUUCAGAUCUUACCCAAUUAGUUAUAAAAAACACAUUGGGAAAUGGGGUUUCCUUUUAUUAUUCCAGGUCUCUCUCUGAAGAGGGACAUAACAUUUCUCUUUGGUUAGUGCCAUAUAGCAUUUUACAGCUUCUUUUAGGAUUUUAGAUUUUGGCCACACCAAAAUAGGAUUUCAUAUUAGCAGAUUUGUAUUUUUUUUCCUCAAAGGGCAAUGUUUGCAGAGAUGACUUUAUAUAUUUUCAGGAAAAUGCUGGCAGUGAGAUCAACCACAGCUCACCAAAGGGAGGGUGAAAUUAUUUUCAUAUUAUCAAUGAGUAAAGCUUUAAAAAAAAACUCCACAUGGGAAAACAAAUGAACCUAUUUAAGUUUAAAAGAAAGAUUAAUACUUUAACUGUAUUUUUAUGUAACUGAAAACCUUUGGAGGAGCAAACAGAAAUGAAAUAUUAAAGGUGAACAACAAACUUGUA